AAUUUCGUUAGGACGAAUUGGGUUCCACGUCACGUUUGAAUAGGAUCGGUCAAUCAUUGUUACAACGCUGAUGCGAGCGGACGUGUGCGCGCUUAAAAAUCGCGUCUUGUGAAAGAUGCGGGAUCAUCUGGUCUUGGUUGCGGGGAUCGCCACACUCGUCGCUGUGGCCGGAGCCUCCUUAUUGCCCCUGGAUACCGAGAGGCUGCGGGCAAGCGUCGGCGGCUACGCAGUCAUGAACUGUCAUCUAGACUUCCCAUUCGGAAACGAAAUCCCCUACCACCUGCAGUGGGAUAAAGACGGGGAGAUGAUAUUCUCAUGGUACAGCAUAGAUGGAGAAGCAUCAGCUCGCGUCGCGGAUCGGUGGGGGGGCCGCGUGCGACGGGUGGGGGACGGCCGGUUGGGACUCGGGCGCGGCUCCAUCAACGUGAGCGCGGUACGAGAGACCGACGCUGGGCUCUACCGUUGCCGGGUCGCCUUCCCCAAUCGAACGCCGCCAGAGCGGAAUAAUGGAACCUUCUACUACCUUGAUGUCGAUGGUGGCAACCUAAUCGUGACUCCGCCAAUGAACGUGACGGUCAUGGAGGGCGAGCGAGCAGAAUUCGAGUGCCAGCCUAAACAACCAGAGUCUAUAGUCGAAUGGUACAAGGACGGGAUGGUCAUGGAGGAGAUGCCAGAGUUGGCGGCUCGCUGCGAGUUGGCUGUGAACGGGAGUCUAGUGGUGAGGAAGGCUAUCAGCUCCGAUGCCGGGGAGUUCCAGUGUCGCGUGCAGGCGCCGGAUGGGCAGCUGCAGAGCGCCACCGCUUACCUUGACGUGCAGUAUAAGGCAAAAGUGGUGUACUCCCCAUCUGAGCGGUUCCUAGCCCUGGGCAAGCCAGCCAGCCUGGACUGCCACUUCAGCGCCAACCCUCCGCUAACAAACCUCCGCUGGGAAAAGGAUGGUUUCCUAUUUGACCCCUACAAUGUGCCCGGAGUCUUCUACAGCAGAAAUGGCAGUUUGCUUUUUAACAAGGUGGACGAAUCCCACGAAGGCCUUUAUUCGUGCACGCCGUACAACGCGCUAGGCUCGGAGGGAGGGUCGGGGGCGGUGCGAGUGCACGUGUUGCGUCCGCCGGCAUUGUCCGCGCGGCCGCAGCCGCUGUACGUGGCGCGACGCGGCGACCGCGUCACCAUGCCGUGCGCGGUGGCCGUCGACCAGCACGACGAACCUACUGUAGUCUGGACUCGAAAAGACGGCAACUCUUUGCCUGAAGGAAGAUUCUCCGUGGACGGUGGUAACCUGACGAUCAACGAAGUCUCAGAGACGGACCGGGGCGUGUUUGUGUGUGCCGUCAGCAACGCUGCAGCUUCCGUGGCUUUGGAGACAGAGCUGAUGGUCGAGAACGUGCCUCCACGCGCCCCGCACAACCUGACUGCUCAUCCGCAUGAUACCUCCAUACACCUGUCUUGGGUGCCAGGACAUAACGGACCAGAGGUGGAAUACACGGUUUGGUACCGCGAGCGGUACGCGCACGAGUGGCGGACCAUGAAGAUACUAUCGCGAGGCGUUACUGAGGCUACGUUGGUGGGGCUCCGGUCGGGGAAACAGCAUGAGCUGCGGGUGCUGGCCAGCGACCAGCUCGGAGACGGUCUAUUCAGCAAGCCCGUGUUUGUUUGGACCACAGAGCCAGCUGAAACGUCAGAAGAUAGCAUCACAAUGUUCCCAGUAGCGACGGAGAAUCCGGACUUACCAGCGGAGGCUGGCGCAGCAGCCGCGGGAGAACCUGGAGGGGAACUUCAGGUGAGCGUCCGCCUGAUAGACGACGGCGCCCUGAUCCGCUGGAGCGGGGCGGAGGGCGCGGCGGGGUGCUCCGUGCGCUGGUACGAGGGUGCCGCGCCCGGCGAGCGGCUACUUCAAUCUGUGCAAGCGCAGCACGACUACCUACUCGUGAAUAAUGUAGAGGAGGGCGUGCAGUACUGGGCGCGCGUGGUGUGCGGCGGCGCGAGCGGCGGGGCUGCGCUGCGAGUUCCCGAGUUCUCGCGCAUGCGCGGCGUGGCGGGCGGAUGCGCGGCCGCCGCGCUGCUGCUGGCCGCCGCUGCCGCCGCCAUAUACUUCAUGCGCCACCGCCUCUUCCCGCGCCGCUCACCGCCGCCGCUGCCGAGCAAACGCGCACGCUGAUCACGCCGAUUUUCGCUCAAAUUUUAAUUCUAUCGUGUAGAAUACUGCGCCGUGGAAAGUGCAUCUGACACUUUUUCAAACUAUACAAUGUUCAUAUUUUGGCAUCUUCUUUCUUUGUAGAUUCUAUGGAAUUAGUAGGUAGGUACUCCGUGCCUACUAAUCCCAUGGCAGGUUCCAAAUAUGUAAAUUAUUCUAAAUUAAAUCCGAGUUUUUUUAACUCGGCGGCAGAAUAAAAAGACAAUCGCUUAAAAUCUAAGUUUCUGUGUUGAAAAUUAUGUUGAUUAUAUUCCUAUGGGUAAUUAAUGUGAAUACUAGAAAUAGGUAGGUCUAGGUACUUUUACUUUGUGACCUUGUCUGUUUAUUUUACAAAUUUCCCGAACUAUGGUUUUUCAGAUGUUGCGACUCCUACUAAUUAAUGGUUUAUUCGUUGCGAGCUGCUAACCAGACCAACAGUAGUAUAGGUGAAUUAAUAAAACUGUGGUAACUAUACCUAGUAUCAAAAUAAAAUUACCCGCUAACUAAACAGUAAUUCUCGAAAGUGAGUGCGAUGCGAUCUAUUGUACAGUCCAGUCCUACCGGCCAGUCGUCUCGCAUGUUAGCUCGCAAAGUCUAAGUAUAGUUUUGGUGUAAUUAUUAUUAUUGUAAGAUUCAUUCAUAAUUUGUAUUCCCACUACUACCGUUAAAACUAGUCUUAAACAUGUCAACUUGUUUCCGAUUUAAACAGGUCAAUUUAUUAGAAGCAAUUUUUUUAACAUACUUAAUAUUAAGUAGGUACCUAGGUAUUUAUUUAUAUAAUAAAUAAUAAGAAAUGCGUAUA